AUGCCGGACAACGCAGACGCCCAGCGUUUGAUCGAGGAAGCCGCCCAGACCCGGGGCUAUACCCUGGAGAUGCACCGCAUCAACGCCCUGGCCGACCCGGAAUGGACCCAAAAGUACGGGGAGUUCAUCGAGGCCACCUACACUGGCCAGCGCCUGCUCGACCGCAAGACCAAGGAAUUGCUGCAGAUCUGCGUGGAGACCGCUCUCCGCGCCGACCAGGAGCAGAUCCAGGCCCACAUCCGCGUCGCCCUCAACGAAGGCGCCACACCCCGCGAGAUACUGGAAGCCAUGCAGGCCGUCAUCGCCCCCAUGGGCGCGCUGGCUUUUCGACGCGGCGUCCAAGCCUGGGCCGCGGAAACGGGGUUUGAAUACUGA